CCACCCCCCCACCCCAGAUCCUGCACGCCAUCCAUCAGCUUCAUACGCACACACCCAUCCGUCAACAAGAAAAAGAAAGCCAAGCCAGCCAUGGCGCCCAGGACGUCCGACAAGACGGCGACGCCGCCCGCUGCCGGGGCCGCCGCGACCGGGCUCGCGCUCGGCGUCGGCGGCGGCAACGGCGGGGGCGUCGGCCCGCACUACCGCGGCGUGAGGAAGCGGCCGUGGGGCCGGUACGCGGCGGAGAUCCGCGACCCGGCCAAGAAGAGCCGGGUGUGGCUCGGCACGUACGACACGGCCGAGGAGGCCGCCCGGGCCUACGACGCCGCCGCGCGCGAGUACCGCGGCAACAAGGCCAAGACCAACUUCCCCUUCGCCACCGCCUCCGCGCCGCCCGCCGCCGCGGCGGCCCUCACCGUCGACGGCAGCCGGAGCAGCAACAGCAGCACCGUGGAGUCCUUCGGCGGCGACGUGCAGGCGCCCAUGCAGGCCAUGCCGCUCCCUCCGUCCCUCGACCUCGACCUGUUCCACCGCGCGGCCACCAGCACCGCCGGCGCCGGCAUGCGGUUCCCCUUCAGCGGCUACCCCGUGUCGCACCCGUACUACUUCUUCGGACAGGCCGCGGCCGCGGCCGCCGCCGGCUGCCACAUGUACAGCCAGGCCCCGAAGGUGACCGUGGCGUCCGUGUCCCCGAGCGACUCCGACUCGUCGUCGGUGGUGGAUCUGGCGCCGUCGCCGCCCGCGAGGAAGCCCGUCCCUUUCGAGCUCGACCUGAACUGCCCGCCGCCGGCGGAGCUCUGAUCGGGGCCGCCGGAGUUUAUGUAGCUGAUAUGACUGCUAGUUUCUUUCGUCGCCUUCUUUUUUUGCCCCUAGUAGAACGAAGGAAAUUUCCAUGUACUCCAUGAUGUUUAGGAGAGGCCGUCCGCCUUGCACAACAGCGGCAGGGGCAGAUCUGUAAAUACGGUUUCUUUUUUCGCCGGAGAGGCAGAGAUGGAUGGAUGGAUGUAUUGUCGCCCAAGACAAGUCCUGCCGGCGUUGCCAUGGACCGAAUUAUAUUGAGUUACUUCUACUUUGACA